AUGUCAGCAUCAACAUACCGACCCGCGCCCGUCCACCUUGUGGGCAGUUUCCCAGCCCCGGACGCCACGACGGCAUUGUGCAAGUGCGCCACCGCUCUGAAGGGACGUCUCGGGUCCAUCCCCGACGGCGAACCGGGAUGGCGGUGGAACUUCACCAUCGGGCUCGUCCAGAAGAAGGCGACGGAGAACCCGGCCCUCGGGCAGAUCUGGCGCGAGUACGAUGAGAAUUACGACCCGGUCCCGGUGGAAGAGAUGGCGGGGGAGGAGGUCGCGCGGCUCCGUGCCGCGAUUGAGCAGGCUUCGUGGGAGCUCGGGUACGCCGAGGACGCGGUCGCGUCGUACACGGUGUUUUGUAAGUUGAGGGACGAAGGGGCGGUGGAGGCGGGUGUGCGCUUCCAGGUGUGUUUGCCGGGGGUGUCGAGCUUCGCCAUCUUCGUCAAGCCCGCGUUCCAGUACCUGGUCGAGGAUCUCGCGUACCAGGCCAUGUUGCGCGAGACCGAGGCCAUCGUCGCGGCCAUCCCGCCGGGGGAUCUCGCCGUCCAGUUCGACAUUGCGAGCGACUACAUCAAGAACGAGGCCCAGCAGGACCCGUCGUCGUCGUACCUCGCCUCCCUGAGGGAGGAUUUCCACCCACCUCCGAACGAGGACGCCAUGGAGCGCUACUCCGCCCAGUACGCGGGCCUGAUGGCGAAGGUCCCCGCCGCAGCCUUCGCCGGCUUGCACAUCUGCAUGGGCAACAUCAACAACAAGCCCGUCCUGGCGCCGCGCGACAUGUCUGUCAUGGUCAAGCUGGCGAACCGCAUCGUCGACAAGACCACGAGACAAAUCCAGUGGAUCCACUUUGGCUGUCUGGCCGAGUGGACGGACCCGGCUCCUUACGCGCCGCUCGCCGCGCUCCACGACAAGAACCUCGCCGUCUACCUCGGCCUCGUGUACCCGGACGAUCUCGACGGCGCGAAGCAGCGCGUCGCAGCGGCGAAGCACCACCUGCGCGAGUUUGGCGUCGCCCCCGUGUGUGGCCUGGCCAGGACGUCCGAGGAUGGUGUACAGUCAGUCCUGAGCAUUCUGAAGGAGUUGACUCCGACUCCGACGGAGUAG